AUGCUCGAUGAAAAUCUCCCCGCCUUCUUCCUCAAACCUUCCUCGACGAAUGUCAAACAUCAUCGUGAUUUCUACCUCUCACACCACGGUUCCGACCCAGCGCCAGCGUACCUGUUACAAAAUGCCGACCCAAGCAGUACGAACCUCGCGCAUAAGAACUGCUAUGGCGCAGCCUUAUUUGAUGCCUACAACCCAGAGGUUCUCUUUGGCGAAGCUAUGGCCAGGCCGAACUGGACACAGCCUACGUUGAGCCAAGAAGAGAUCAAAAGAAAUGGAGGCAUCGCGCCACCCCCUCAACCAGUGCUGUCUACUGAAUGGGUAAUACAACUUUACAAUCCAGAUCAGCAGGUCGGGAUAGAAGUCAAAGAAGGUAAAUGGGGUGCUUCAGACUCAUAUGAGUUCUCCAUGCCGGUAUGCUCAUUUCGAACGCCUUCUGCUUCGAAUCUGGAUCGAGGACAGUCUGAUCCUGCGAGCCUGGCUAUCACGCCGAAGUUGAACUUCGUCUGGAGGAAGGAGAGCAAGUUGGGCAAAGAUUUGACGUGUUAUAUGACGGGAAAGUCUUCAGAUCAGGCAACGAAGAAGAAGAGCAAGCGGGAUCCGGAUAUUGCGAUUGCGCUGUGGAGGAGUGUGAGAGAGCUCACAAUCUACGAGCCAAAUAUUCAGAGACUAGAGAUCGAGGACCCGAAAGGGCUUGAGGUCGUCCUACUCCUGAGCGCAGUUGUGCUUAAGGAUCUAUAUUUUGGUAGCAAGGACUCCGUGAGGGACGUCUUUAAUAUCUCGGACAUCCCCAACGAGCGGAAACUGAGCGGCGGAGGCAGGAAGCUCUCAAAUCCAAACCGCGCAGCAAAUGCCGUAAGCAUAGUAGGCAACCCAGCACUGAGUCACCACCCUCCCAGCAUGUAUGGUGCUUCAGUCGCCGCACCACCCGCACCAGCUAGAAACGACGCAAACCGAAACGCUCUACCAAGACUCGAGACCCGUCCACCAGGCCAGCAGCCACCUGUGAUACGAAGACAAUCCCUUCCACCACCCAUGGCCGACCCGCGCUCCCAGUGGUCCCUCGACGCCGAAACCGCCCGUUUAAAAGCCCAACAAGAAGCCGAAGCAAAAGCCGAGGCUCGACGCCGCCGCGAACGCGAAAGAGCAGAUGAAGCAGAAGCCAAACGCCUGCAACGCCAACUCGAAGAAGAAGAAAAAACCGCCCGACGCAAACAGGCAGAAAUCAACAAGGAAACAGAACGUCUGAGAAAAAUCUACGGCGUCCCACAACAGCAACCUAAUACCAGUCGCCCUAGUUCCGGGAGGAGAUAUAAUGGUGGUGGUGGUCUAGCGCCUAUCCCCCAGGGAAGAGCUACGGCGAGUUCGAGUGCCCCGCCGCCGAGAGUGUUUGGAGCUUGGGGUCUGGAUUGA